AUCUUGCGUGGGUGACUGUGUUGGCACAGAGUGCCCGGUGUGCCACGUGCCAGCCUGGGUGCAAGAUGCACAGAUAAACCGGCAACUAGAUAACAUGAUUCAGCUUUGCAGCAAACUGCGGCAUCUACUGGGUGCGGACACCUCAGAUUCAACAGAAGAUAUGUCCACACCAACUGUCUCAGACUUUGGAAAAAAGAAUAAGAAGGAACAGAUAAAAAUGUGGUUCAGCCCAAGAAGUAGGAAGAUUCGAUGUGUCCUGAACAAGAGUCAGCCUGAGACUAAAAGCGAUGACCUUUGUCAAGACAGAUCUUCAAUUUAUGAUUUCUUUCCUUCCCCUCCUCAUGAAAAUCCCUCCAAGCUGACAAAAAAGCCAACACAGAGACAGAGUAAGAAAACGAAGAAGAAACGUCUAGCAGACAUUAACAAAGUGUGGCGCUUAGAGAAGCCUGAGCAGAAAGGAGGAGUUGAGGAGAAGACUCCCAAGGAAAAGUGUGUGACCAUCUGCAGUCAACCGGUAGUCCUGCGCACUCCAGAACCAAGUAGCCAGUCUGUAAAGGAAGCUGACUCCAGCAAAAAUACAGAAAAUGUGGAAAUAUCGCCCCAGGUAAAAUCCUCAGAGAAGAAAGAUAACAGUGAGGUUGCGUGCCCUGCGCAAGUCAGCACGGAAAAAAAUUGUGCUACAGAGACAUCACUGUCAAUAUCAAAUGAAACUACACCUUUAAAACGUAGAAGGGAGCAACCCAGACUUCCAGUUACUUCUCAGUCUAAAAGACCAAGAAGAGCUGAGAGGAGCAUUAUUGGGAAGUCAGUCAGUCAAGCAGAUUGCUUAAAGGAGUUAUCUCAGGGUUGCGCCAUCUCCCCAGCGACUGAACACAAGACACCAGUUCGGAUUUCUUCCUCUGUAUCAAAACUCACUGACACCGUAAUGAAGACAAGAAGCUCUGCAGUCUUUCAAGCAAUAUAUAGUCCUUCACUUUCAAAAUCUCCCUCUACCCCAUCUACUUCUAAGACUUGUAAUCAAGUAGGAAUACCACACAGUCCUUCUGUGUUGAAGUCCCCUGGUGGUAGUACAAUUGCCAGAAGAAAUUACAAAGGAGAGACUUUGCUCCAUGUUGCUUCCAUCAAGGGUGACUUAGCAGCUGUUGAACAGCUGCUGAAAAAUGGGGCAGAUCCCAAUGUCAAAGAUAAUGCUGGCUGGACACCACUGCACGAGGCAUGUAAUCAUGGGCACAAAGAAGUGGUGGAGCUGUUGCUACAAUACAAGGCGUUAGUGAAUACUACGGGGUAUCAGAACGACUCGCCGCUUCAUGAUGCUGCCAAGAAUGGGCAUGUGAGCAUUGUUGAGCUGCUGCUUUUGCAUGGUGCCUCCCGUGAUGCAGUGUAA